AUGCACCUCGGCGGCUGCGGCGCCACGCUCAUCAGCAGCCAGUACGCGAUCACCGCCGCGCACUGCGCGCCCUACUGGGGCACCGGCGACCCAAUCUACCUCGGCCAGCACAAAGAGUCAGAGCGGGACGGAGACGGGUGCGUCGAGACCAUGUACAUCGAGUCGAUCGUCUCGCACGAGUCUUACAACGACUGGACCCUCCAAAACGACAUUGCGGUCAUCAAGCUGACGGAAGCAAGCCAGUUGGGGUACGCCCCGAUCGACCACCUCGACCAGCCUGGAGAUGGCACCUGGCACGAACCAGGCACGCCUCUCGUCGCGGCCGGCUGGGGCACGCUCUCAUCAGGUGGCAGUGCGGCCGACACGGCGCAGCACGUGGUUGUCCCGGCGGUGCCCGACUGUUGGGAAACCGGAUAUGGCGAAGAUUAUGACCCCGACACGAUGGUGUGUGCCGGCGCGGAGGGGGUCGACAGCUGCCAGGGCGACUCGGGCGGGCCGCUCUUUGGCAUCGACAGCUCGGGCGAGCGGACCCUGGUCGGCGUCGUGAGCUGGGGCAUCGGCUGCGCCGGGGCGGGCUACCCGGGCGUGUACGCGCGCGUGCAGGCGUACACCGACUGGAUCUGCGCAAAGACGGACGGCGCGGUCUGGGACGGCGCAUCGUGCAAAUUGUUGAACCCUAUUUGCCUGGACCCGGCGCCGGAGCUGCAGUAUUGGGUCGAGUGCGGACGGAGGAACAGGUGCAACGGCGAGGGCGGAGGCAAAUGGGCGGACACGAGCGAGCUGCACGAGGUGCGGUGCUGCUCCGACGUCAACCUACAAGGGUUCUCGAACAGCCGAUGCAACGACGUUUGGGCCGCGUCAGACGUGAGCGGUUGCCACUCAUCGAAGUCCUUCAGCGUCGCUGAAUCCAUCUGCCAAAACGCAGGAGCGCGGCUGUGCACCAAGGAGGAGCUCGAAGGCAACUGUGCCCGGAAAGGGGGCUCAUCGGGGUGCGGCUUCGACAGCGAGCUCGUCUGGACAAGCGACAACGCACCAGCCUAG